AUGUGGUACAAAGUUGAACGUUUGAGGAAUCCGCAAAAGCUUCUUGAGGAGAGCCCUGAUACCCCAAAUAAUUCUUGUUGCUCUCAAGCCUUGCUAACUGAUAAGAUUAUGAAAUUAGCGAAAGCACAGCUGGUUCAAUUAAACUCCAAGAAGGCAGAUGUUCUCUCCAGUGGAAAAGGUUGCUUUAAAGGCCAAUGCGGCGUAUCUUCCAAAGUUGCUCAAGACUUGGAACUUGCACUGUUAGUUCAAGCUGCAGCUGAGAAAGUUGAAGAUGAACAGUUAGUUUAUGCCAGAAAAUUGCUGAAUAUAUGCGAUGUCUUAGCUUCUAAAACUUGUAAUUUUGUUCAAAAGGAAGUCCCAUUCUGUCUGGAAACACAAUUCAUAUCAAGUCAAUCCAUACUGGAAGCUGUGACAGCAGCUAAGAAAGUUCAUUUAAUGGAUUUUGAAAUUGAUAAUGGUUCACAGUGGACACUGAUUAUGGAAGCUCUUGCUGUCAGUCAUGAAUGCCCUGUUGAACAUCUCAAGAUUACUGACAUAGUUGUGUCAGACCUCAAGGAUCUCAAGGAAGAAUUCUAUAAUUCAGUGGCUGAUGAAGCUGUGGCAAUUGAUUUGGCAUACCGGCUUUGGUCAUUGUUAGCAUGGCCUAAUCAUUUAGAAGCCUUGAUGGCAGUGAUCAAGAAUCUCAAGCCAAGUUUUCUGGUGCUCAAGGAAGUGGAGGUCUAUGCAAAGGCACUAACUUUCCUGGAACGUUUCAAUGAAAAGCUCCUCUUUAUCAGCGGGCUAAUUGAUUCCACAAAUUCUUGUAUGGAAAAACACAUACUGUAUAGAAAACUGGUAGAAGAAGUUCACUGGUAG